AUGGCCCAGAGCCAACAGCAGUCUGCCUACACCAGCUUGCACUUGCCAAGCCCACAUCUUCGAGCCAGCUCUGGUGAAGGCAACCCCGGAUACAUGGUCGAGCAACAGAACAUGGCGGGGUCGUCGGGGUCGUAUGCCAUGCAGAGACAGCUGGGAGGAUACUCAGGUCAACAGAAUGACCCGUGUUGGAUCGAACGAGUCUUGGAGGAGAUGAAGGACAUGCUGGUUCUACUAAACGCUCAAGGACGGAUCACUUAUGCAUCGCCUUCUGCGAAGCAAGUCACUGGCCGCGCGGUUAAGCAACUCGAAGGUAACCACCUGAGUCAGUACAUCCAUGAGGACGACCGGUCUGUCUUCUUGCGAGAUAUGGAUGAUGCCGUAGCACGCAAUCAGCCUUUCCGCACCCACGUACGAUUCCAGAAGACCACCAACAAUUACUGCUUGGUGGAGAUUUACGGACACCCCCAUAUUGCCAGUCAUAAUACAGCUCAGGGAAGACACUCCUCGACCGAGGAGCGCUGCACGGGCUUCUUCCUCAUGUGUCGGCCAAACCCCACGAAGAACUCCCAGCUUCUCGACUCAUUCUUGGAACACAAGAUCGAGAAUGCACGUUUAGUGCAGCAAAUUGCCAAAUUGAAGCAGGAGGAAGAUGAAGAGGCAAAUCUCAGUCGCUUGCCUUUUCCCAAGAUCGAAGACCACAAGUCAAUGAUGGAGAACAUAGCCACCGCGCAAAUCAUCUUGAGCGACCAGGAAUCAAGCGAGACUGUUGCUCCGAACUCGAAUUCGGACGAUUCUGAUAAUAACUCGGGCGACUUCUUCGCCGACAAUCCUCCUCCCACUGAACCAAUAUCGCACAUUGACGGCAUCGAAGUUAUGACCGGUCUUUACUAUGGUGAUGGUGAACGAUCGCAGGGCCUGAGUACCGGUUCUAGUAAGGGCCGGUUGGUCCACUGUGACAUCGACAUUACCACGGCCGCAGAUCAAGCCCGUAAUGCGCAAGAAGGUGACAGGCGCAAGAGACUCAAGGGUCAGCACACAUGCAGCGACUGUGGGACCGCCGAUUCUCCCGAGUGGCGAAAGGGUCCUAAUGGGCCCAAGACCCUGUGUAAUGCCUGUGGCUUACGCUGGUCCAAAAAGGAGAAAAAGCGCCAGGAAUCUACCUAG